UUAUUGGUCCGGCGGUCUGGACUCGCAGCUUUUCUCUUAGUGCUCUAGGCGCCGACCCACUUCUCUGUCCACCACGGAGAGCUUACUCCCUUCGGAAGUGCCCGGAGCUGCUGGCCCGAAGGGAUCCGGACCGCGCUAGGCCGGGUAGCUGCAUCGAGGCACCAUGACGACCUUGGAUGAUAAGUUGCUGGGGGAGAAGCUGCAGUACUAUUACAGCAGCAGUGAGGAUGAGGACAGCGAUCGGGAGGACAAGGAUGGAGACAGGGGUGCCCUGGCCGGCAGGUCAGUGCCUGCAGAUGCUGAGUUGGCGGGUGAAGGCAUCUCAGUUAACACAGGUCCAAAAGGUGUGAUCAAUGACUGGCGCCGCUUCAAGCAGUUGGAGACGGAACAAAGGGAGGAGCAGUGCCGGGAGAUGGAAAGGCUGAUCAGGAAGCUGUCCAUGACCUGCAGGUCCCAUCUGGAUGAAGAGGAGGAGCAACAGAAACAGAAGGACCUCCAGGAGAAGAUCAGUGGGAAGGUGACUCUGAAGGAGUUUGCCAUGGUGAGCGAGGACCAAGACGACGAAGCGUUUCUGCAGCAGUACCGCAAGCAGAGAAUGGAGGAGAUGCGGCAGCAGCUCCUCAAGGGGCCCCAGUUCAAGCAGGUUUUUGAGAUCCCCAGUGGGGCAGGGUUCUUGGACAUGAUUGAUAAAGAGCAGAAAGGCACCCUCAUCAUGGUCCACAUCUAUGAGGACAGCAUUCCGGGCACCGAGGCCAUGAAUGGCUGCAUGAUCUGCCUUGCCGCCGAGUACCCAGCUGUCAAAUUCUGCCGGGUGAAGAGCUCGGUGAUCGGGGCCAGCAGCCGGUUCACCAGGAACGCCCUGCCCGCCCUCCUCAUCUACAAGGGGGGCGAAUUGAUUGGCAAUUUUGUCCGGGUCACUGACCAACUGGGGGAGGAUUUCUUUGCUGUGGACCUUGAAGCCUUCCUGCAGGAAUUUGGGUUGCUCCCAGAAAAGGAAGUCUUGGUGCUUACGUCUGUGCGUAACUCUGCCACCUGUCACAGCGAAGACAGCGACUUGGAGAUAGAUUGAGCCCCGCGGCCACUCGCGCCCUUUUCCUGCUAUUUGGGCCGAAACAUGUCUGUAGUUGUUUCCCUUCUGUUACUUCCGGUGUCUUCUGGUGUUUCAGCUGUCCUGUGUAGUUCCUUUGAUUAUAUGUAACAUCAAGAAAUUCUUAGAUUAAUUCA